AUGGGCCAUGUAAAAUUAAAAUUAACUGAAUAUGAAUCCACAAAUAUUGGGGGAAGGGAACGUUCUUUUCAAUAUAGUUGGCAUGAAGAGUAUGACUGGUUGGAAUAUAGUAUAGAAAAAGAUGUUGUUUUUUGUUUGCCUUGUUAUGUGUGUUACAAUGGUACUAGUAAUUCUGCAUUUGUGGUGACUGGUUUUAAAGGUUGGAAUCUAAAACAUAAGUUGGAUAAACAUGUUGGUGAGAAACCGAAUAGUCAUCAUAAAAAGUAUGUGAAAGCAUGUGAGGAUCUUAUGAAGAAAAAUCAGAGUAUUGAGUUUUCGUAUGCAAAAUAUAGUUCAAAAGAAGAAGUAGAAUAUCUUGUUCGUUUAAAAGCAUCACUUGAGGCUGUCAAAUAUCUUGUUAGAGGCGGAUUGGCAUUUAGGGCACAUAAUGAGGGUGAAAAUUCUAUUUAUAAGGGUCAUUUCCUAGAAUUUGUAGAAGCCUUGGGAAGAAAUAGUGAGAAAAUAGAUGCAGCAAUAACAAGUGGUGGGGGAAAUUGUAAGAUGACUUCUCCUAUUAUUAAAAAAGAACUUGCAAAUGCAUGUGUGGUUGAAACUAUUAAGAAGAUAGUUGGAGAAAUUGGAGAUGGUUUCUUUUGUGUUCUUGUUGAUGAAUCUGGUGAUUGCUCUGGUAAAGAACAAAUGGUUGUUGUAGUGCGGUUUAUUGAUGUUAGAGGGUUUGUUGUAGAAAGAUUUAUCGGCAUUGUUCAUGUUGAGGAUACAAGUGCGAUAUCGCUUAAAGGGGCUCUUGAAUGUUUGUUGUCGGGGUUUGGGUUGUGUAUAUCUAAAAUUCGAGGUCAAGGGUAUGAUGGAGCAAGUAAUAUGCGUGGUCAAUUUGAAGGUUUGAAGACUUUGAUUCAAAAGCAAAAUCCGCAAGCCUAUUAUGUCCAUUGUUUUGCUCAUCAACUUCAAUUGGCUCUUGUUUCAAUGGCGAGAAAGCAUGAAGAUGUUGAUUGUUUUUUUUGUGAAGUGUCUCGUAUUGUCACUUUCUUACGGUCAUCUAACAAAAGACAAGCUCUACUUCGGAAUAAACAAGUUGCUCAUUUUGCAAAUCUAAUUGAAAAUGAAUUGGUGGAAACUGGUACUGGUUUAAAUCAAGAGUUGUCCAUUGUAAGAGCGGGUGAUACACGUUGGGGAUCUCACUUUCGAACUCUUAACAGGUUAGUUGAUUUGUUUACUCCUAUUAUUGAAGUGUUCAAAGAUUUGAAAAGUGAUAGUCAUUCUAAGGGUGAACCAAAAAUUUUGUUACUUGUUAUGCAAACUUUUAGUUUGUGUUUAUGUUGCACUUAA